AUGUUGUUGAAGAGUGGGACUUUGGCUGGGUUGUGGGAGGGGUUUGGGAAUAGUCAGCCGAGUAUGAUGUUUGCUGCUGUGAGCUUGGGGAGGUUGUUGCUUGUGGGGUGUAGGGAGAAUGUGAGGUUGGUUUGCAAGCCGGUGUCGAUUGCCUCUGACGAAAAGGAUGAGAACGGCCUGGCUUCAGCGGAGUCAUCUUCUCAGGGGGAGACGGCAACAUACAGGACGAACCUUGACCUGUUGUACCGCUCGGCUACUGGCUCUCCAAACGAGGAUCCUACCAAGCUUGAGGCUGCCAGGGUGGUGGUUUCGGCGGUUUGUAGAGUCUUGUCUCAGGAUCCUGGGGUGUUGGGGUCCUCGGGGGAGCUGGAGGAGUUCUACAAGACACACUCGGACAUUAUUGCUGGGUCGUUUACGACGAUGCUCACGCAGGCAAAGUGGCCGUCUGUCAGGUCGGAUGCAAUUACUGUUUUGGCGCUCAUGGCGAGUCAACACCCUGAGGGGUCCAACAUGGUGCUCAAGGUGGUGGAAGACACGGCAGCGGAAGAGGGGGUUUUGAAGGCGAUUGUGAAGGCUGCGACGGGGGAUGAUGAGAUGGUGGGCAAGUUUCUUGGGACUGGUGACAACAGAGUGGAAGAGAUUGAAGAGGAGAAGCAGGGUAAGAAUGAUGAGGAGAAAGAGACAAAGGAAGUUACGGAGUUGGUCCAGGGGUUGGGACUGGAACCUCAGCAGGCUGACGCCCAGGCGCAGAAGCAGCCGGAGAGGAUGGUCAAGGUUGACAGGGAGAAUGCCCUGGUGCUGAUGGCUAUGUUGCUAGGGAUGUUCAAAGAUCAGAUGUCACCUGCUAGGAGGAGGCUGGUCGAGGCCGUGCUGGAGAGAGGAGGGGAGUUGGUGGUGAAGGAUAGGGAGGGGACGAGCCAGGUGUAG